UCUCUCUCACUCACUCACACUCAUGCACACAUAUACAUUACACACUCACAAAAGGAUGUCUUAUUUUUUAGGUCUUGCUAUAUUAAGACCUUGUAACUGUAAAAUAGUGAUAGCUACUUUCACACUAGCAGCACAGAGCGCAUGUUGUUGUUACAUCAUAUACAAAUCCCAUUUUUCUUGCUGUUAAACCAAACUUCAUCGUCCACAAGAAGGUGGCCUUGGCAUAUAUUUCUUCCCAUAUGGACCUUCAAAGAUCAGAGCCAUGUUCAUCUGAAAAUUUGAUUCUCUCAUUUUCAGAUGUUCCAGCAUGCCCAAAACCCACAAUGGAUAGCCAAACUGAGAAGAGAAACACACGAAAAGAAGAUCAAAAACACCCACAUGGCUCAGCUCCUCCUCUUCCACUGAAUCUAAAUCUCUCAAGCGAGGAUUCAGCGGAUGGAUCAAAGCCAGAACUCAACCUCAUCAAUUGUUUUGAUGCCAAGUCGUCCUUAAACUCCUCAGAAUCUUCUCAUGACCUGGAACCCCGGAUUUUCUCAUGCAACUACUGCCAGAGAAAAUUUUAUAGUUCGCAGGCCCUUGGAGGACACCAGAAUGCACACAAACGUGAGAGGACUUUGGCAAAAAGGGGACAUAAAGUUGGAGCUGCAAUUUCAGUAGAAUUUGGACAGAGGUACACUAGUAUGGCUUCCCUGCCCUUGCAUGGCUCAUAUAACAGAUCACUUGGGAUUCAAGCACAUUCUAUGAUUCAUAAGCCCUCUUAUCCAGCUCCUACUCCUGCUUUACCGUGUUUCCAUGGUCAAAAUGCAUGGUGGAGGCAGCCUUUAGAUUCACAGCCAGCAAUUGGGAAGCUCCCAUCCGGAAAGGUUCAUAUUGGAGAUGAAACUGAAGCUUCCUUUUCUGGUGGAGUUUCGAGGUUAGCGAAGUUUUCUCCAAAUAUGGUGUUGAAAGAGGGAAUUGGAGCUUACUGGUUGGGAAGUGUUACUCAUGUAAAAUCUAAACAAGAGGAGUUACAGAAGCUAGACUUGUCCCUCAAACUCUAAGUAGUAGUAGUCCCAAACCCCCCCCCCAUCCAAAAAAAAAAAAACCCAAUACCCAUUUCAAUUGUAUCCUUUUCUCCAUUGACCAGGAGCUUAAUUUCUACCUUCAUUCCUUUUCUCUUCUUUUGUCAUAAUGUAUCUCUAGUUUCAGCUGCUGUAAAUGCAUUUUGGCUACUUAUAUCAGAGGCUGUUUUCUCGGCAUUA